AUGAGAAAAGUAUUAAAAAAUGUAGAAAGAUAAAAAGAAGAUCAUUGGAAAUAGCUUAAAAAUUUAAAAAUAAGAACAUUUUAUAAUCCAGUUAGAGACCAUUUUCUUUAAAGAAGCUCAAAAGUCUUUUAUUUUGUCAAUUACUUUGAGAAAUAGCUUACACGACCCAAAUUCUACUAUCACUUUUUAAUCAUUAUUUUUUUCUUACAGCUGAUUGGAUCUGUUUCUUCUAGCUAAGACUAGGUCUAAGAUAAGAUUUUGUAUUAUAUUUUAAAGGGAUGCGAGUAUAUUCGAAUAUCACCUCUAUUGAAAGACUUUUUAUAAAUAUCGCAAGAAGCCCAAGGCAUUAUAAUUAACUUAUUGCUCAUUUUAUUAGAAGUUUUCUUUCUUAUAACUUUUUACAUUUUAGGAAGAUCUACUACAAAUCUUAGUGAUAAAAAAUUUAAGAAUGGAUUAAUAUUUAUGGGUUAUACAACAUUUUUCUUAGAGAUGCAGAGAUGGAUAUUGUUUAAUAUUUAAGCUGACAUCACAUCAAGUAUGAUGUUUUGUGUUUAAGGCUAGCAAAAUUUGAGCAAUAAAUGCUAAAAUAAUAUACAAUAUUAAGAUAAUUCUUUAAGAUAUAUAUUAAUUAUAAUUAAUAUAGUACUAGGUAUUGGUUUGUCAGUAAUAAAUAGUAUCAUUCAUUCUAUAGCAUAAUUUAUUCCUAUUAAUGGUCUAAGAAGUCAGUUUACUUAUUUAAAGCUAUUUGACUAUUCAAUUAUUUUAGUUGCCCAUGUAUUAAGUUACUUUGGUAGUUUAAUUUCUUUAUUUGCUUUUGAGAUUCUAGCUCUGUUUUAUAUCAUUUAAUACUUCUUUUCUUAUCCGCUAUUCACUAAAAGUAUCUCACAUAUUUACGCUGUGUUUUUAAACUUUUACUUAGCUGCCACAAUCCUAUUCCACAUUAGACACUAUAAUCAAUUGAGCGAUUCUAACUUCCUUUUCAUAUUCCUAAUUUUAGGCAGUUUUAUGGGAGGAGUUUUAGUUUAAUGGGAAAGGAUAAGGUUACAUAAAUCUAGAACGUUUGAUUUUUCUUUUUUUAAAGAGUAACCUUAAGAAACAGUUAAUGCUUUGUUAGAGAUUGUUAAUUUAUUAAUGGAGAAGACAUAUCAAAAUUAAUUGACUUUAUUAGGGAUCUUUGAAGUUCACUAGAGAUAUUGCAUAGAUAGUUUUUGUCCUUGCAAAUAUUAAAUUAUUUAGAAUGAAGAUUAUGAUUCACGCAAGCACAUUAACAAUGGUAGUCUGGUGCCUAUUAAUGCCGUUGGAAAGAAAUUUGACAUAGAGUAAUUCAAAACAACAAGAAAGAAUAUUUACAGUGAUAAAGAAGAUAUAGAAGAAUAUGAGGUUAUGAAAAUGAAAAAUAUGUCUCUUAGCUACGGCAGAUCUCUACGCUAAACUAUGAAAUAAUCUAUAUCAUCCUCUACUCCUAAGUAAGCUCAAUUUUCUGAAGUAAGUAAUCCUUAAGUAUUCACCCAAGCAGCAUUUGAUUUUGAAAAAAUGAAUUACUAAAGAAAGCAAAAAAGUUCAUUUACAAAAUCCACUCAAACGUCUACUUUAAAAUAAACAAGUUAGUUAAGUAGACAAUCAACUAUAAAACAAAAAUCAUAUUGUGGACAUCAAAAGUUAACAAAAAUAAACUUCUCAGUGCUUCAACAAGAUUUUUUAAGUUUCAAAAAAUGGACUCUGCAAUUUAUAGAUUAUUAAUACGAAUAACUUCUAAGACAUCUUUAUUCUUAAAGAGAAUUUUAACUUUUAAUUAGCUUAGGUAUACGCUACAUUUACUUCGAAAUAGAAAUAAAAGCGAAUUUUAUUAAGGCUCUCUACUUUGUCAGGAAAUGGGCAUUUCACAUUGAUUCAAAGCCUUAUUACUUUUAAGUAGUUGAAAAGUCACUAUCUGAUUUGAUAGAAAAUGAAAUCAAAAAUAAAGACAAAGCUUUAAAAUACUCUAUAAGAAAGAAAGACAAUUUAGAGGCUAGAGGAUAUGAAAAUUUUGAUUCGUUUGUUGUUACAGAAGAAAUUAAAAAGUUUUUCAACCAUAGAUUGCAAGAUUUAAUUAAAUUGAAGCAAAUUUACUUUGAGAAGCUGAUUAUUGGUUAUGCUUCUUUGUAUGAUCUUUACAAAGAUUAAAAAAAUAUCAUUAAAAAAUGCAAAUAUUUUCAAACAAAAGUAGAAUUUUUUAAUUUAACUCACAAAAACUCUCCUCAUUUUAUUAAACUGCUCACAAUAUUUUAUGCUGUGCUUUUUUAAGACUUAAAACAAGCUCUAUAUUUAGAAAAUAAAUUAACAGAAUCUUUAAAAAAAGUAGAUUAUUAUAUUUCUUAGUACACAAUUUUAGGAUAAGAGAUUUUGUAAGGAAAUGUCGCAACAAUUAUUGCUCACUUCAGAACAAAAGUAGGGAAAAUACUCAAAUAUUCAGCGAGUGCCCCGAUAUUUUUCGGGUAUAAAAAACUCGAAUUUGAUUCUCUUUAAAGUGUGAACGAAAUCAUGCCUUAAACGAUCGGAGAAAAGCAUGAUCUAUUUUUAGAAAGAUUUAUUGACUCUGGCUAGUCGAAAAUUUUAAGAUAAUACAGAUAAGCCUUUGCUAAAAGCAAAUAAGGAUUUAUAUUCCCAGUUAAAAUUUACAUUAAUUAUUUUUUUGAGCUUCAUAAUGAUUUCAUUUUUAGCUCUCUAAUUGUUAGAAAGCCAUCCAAUUCAUAAUAUGUCUUAAUUGAUCAGCAUGGUUUCAUAGAUAGUUUUUCCUAAAAUUUCUUUGAAUUUUGUCAAAUAGUAUGUCCUUAAAUUACAGUCCAGUAACUCGUACAUUCCAAUAUGUAGCUCUUCAUUGAAGACUUAGAUUCAUAUUUAAGAUAAUGUUCACAUAAAGGCAAGAUUAACAAUCUUAAGUGUGUCCUCAAACUCAAUUCUAGUAUGAAUGAAAUGAUAAUAAGAUUUAAGAAUUACUGGAGAAAAGACAGACACAUUAACAAAUUGAUAUUUCACAUAAUAAAAAUUUUAGAAGAAUUCGAAGAUGAAGUUGAUAUUGCUGAUAAUGAAGAUAUAUUUCAGUUUGAUAUUAAGGCUAAUUUAAUAUAAAACAAAUUCUCUUUAAUUAGUGGAGAGUAGUUGACUUUGUACAUUUUAGAAAUAAUCAGAAUUACUCCUAUUAAGAAUAACGAAGGAAAUUAACAUCUAUAUAACUCAUAGUUUUCUUAAUAUUCUUAAGAUUAAACUUUUUCUAAUAUGUAAAUUCCUUCAAUGACAACUUUAAUCAAUAACAAAUAAGCAUCUUUCAAAAAUGAAAUAUAACCUUCUAAAUAAAUUAAAUUCUAAGAAGAAAUAAAGCUAACAAAAUAAGAUACUCAUUCAACUAAAAUAACAUCCAAUCCUUUUAAUUCUUGUGAGGGAAUAGACCAUGAAGAGCUAAAUUUCUAGUAAAAAAAUACAAUCAAAACAAAUAAAUCAAUGAAAUUCCUUGAUGAAAAAGAGUAAAAUUUAUUUUCUUAAUUAGAUGAAAUGGAUCAUGAUAUUGACUUUAUGAAUGAGUAAUUUGAAUAAAAAUUGAGCACACUUCCUAAGUUCUGCGAAAAUAAUAAUUUAAGGUUUAUCUCAAAUGUUAACUCUUCAUGUAAAAUAAUAGAAAAUGACUGCUUUAUGGGAUUAAAUUAAAAAAAUUAAAUUUUAGAUCAAAAAUUUGAUAAUAUUCCUUUUACUGUAUCAUAAAGGAAUAUCAUAAGUGUUAACAGUCAUAAUAAUCUAAGUUUUUUACCAUCAUAGAGGGAGUUUGAGUAAAUCCAUUCUUAAACUAACAUGGUCUCUCCAAGAGAGAGUUUAUUUAACUACUCUUAAGCCUAAAUAAAUAACUAAUAAGAAAAAAUAUUUAAUGCUUUUUCAAAUAAUAAUUUAUUAAUAAAUGACUGUCAUAUUAUGGAUGAAUAAGAAAAUUUUAAGAGCCUAACUCAGCUAAAUGAUGAUCAUCACUAACGAGCAAUUGAAAUUACUCAUUUACGUAUUAAAAAGCCAAAAAAAGUUUCUAUUAAAAUCUGUUCAUAGAGCAGUUAAAAAGUUGACCAAAUAGAAGACGAAGGAAGUCUUGAAAGUUUAAGUCCUAAAGUGAAAAAAAUAAAAAUAAAAAACUGUAAUGUCUAACUGAAAAUGAAAACUAUGCAAAACAGCAGUAAAUCACAGAAAUAAAUUGAUAUUCUUCAAAGUUAAAGCGAAUAAAAUAAUCCAGAAUAAAAUGAUUCACGGUUCACCAAAGCUACAGCUUUUACUGACAAGGAAAGCAAAACUUCGAAAAAAACAAACAAAUAAGAAGUUAUUAUGAAGAUUUAAUAGGCUACAGAAAAAAAUAACGUAAUUAACAUAGAGUGUGCGCUUUCAGAUGAUGAUGGUGAAGAAGAAGAUCAAAACUAAAUUCAGAAAAAAGAUAAGUAAAACAACAAUGAUUAAAAUGAAGAAAAGUUCAGUAUUAGAAGUGAAGGAAAGAAUAAAGAAAACGACGUAACAUCAGAGAAAUCUAGUCGUUUAUCAGAAGUAGCAAAGAAAGUUCAGAAAAUUCACAGAAUUGCUUACUCUCAUAAAAAACAAAACUUUAUUGCUUUCACUAAAGUCAUAUUUCUAUUUAUUUUUUGCCUUCAUAUCUUUGCUGCUGCUGGUUCAUAAAUCUUUUGUAAUAAUUAUGUAAAUUAAAUUAUAGAAGACUCUAAUCUUUACUAAAUAUAAGAAACAACUACAUUUUCUUAUUCGCAAGCCAUUUCAUCUGUUUUUGGUCUUUAAAAUGAUUCAAGCAACUAAGUGUUUUAUCAGUUAAAUUUAAAUCAAAGUUAUAAAAAAUUAAUUUCAGUGAUGAGUUAGCUGCUAAAUAGCCAUGUUAGUGAAUACAAUAGCUUAAAUUAAGAAUAUGAGUUGCAAAAUUCAAUAACUAAUUAAUUAGAAAGCUUUCUUUCUGAUAUAUUCAAGGCUACAUCGUAAAAUAACUAUUAUGGAAUACAAACACCAGCCAGUAACAUUUUCCAGUUAAAUUCUAUUCUAGAAAAUUUUAGCGAGAAAAUAAAAGAUUAAAUAAAUAACAGAUUCACAACUAUUUAAAAUAUGAAUUUGAUAAUUUUGAUAUUGGUUGUUGCACUAAUCUUUAUAGCUUUUUUACUUUUAAUAAAAAUAAACUUUAAGUUUAGAGAUAUCAUCUAACAAUACCUUUUCAUAAGUGCAAAGAUAAGUUAAAAUGAAGCACAGUAAGAAUAUAUUAAACUCUCUAACAUUAUUAGUUUUCUAGAAUAAAAUGAAGAUUAGUACAUUUAAUAUGAUUUAGAACGUUCACAUAUGAUAAAUAGCAAACAAAUUCAUCAUGAUAAACUUUUAAUAUUUUAAAAAUAAGAUAAAACUUACCACAGCUAAGUUCUUUACAAUAAUAUAAAACAUUAAAAUUUUAUUUUUAUUAAAAUGAUUAUCUUUACUUCUAUAGUUGCAUCAAUGAGUGUUAUCCUUCAAGCUAUUAUAUUUGCAGUAACUUAUAAAUAACUAAAUACUCUAGUAGAGCCAUUAAAUUAAUACAAAGAAUACUCUCAAAAAAUAAGCGAACUAUCUUGUUUAAAUACAGCUCAUCAGCUAAUCAACUACUAACCUUAGUUAGACUCUUAAAAGUUUUCUGUUCAGUUUUUUAAUAAUAAUAUUAAAUAGAUAAGUUCAUAUUAUCUAGAAAGUUUUCAGAUUAUUCCUAUCAAAGGCUAGCAGUAUUAUUAUUCUGCUAAAAUCCAAUAACUCAACCAAGCAAAUAGCUGUUUAAUCUUUGAUUCUUCACCACAAUUAUAAGAAGAAUGCGCAUCAGUAAAUUAUGGAGUAUUUAGUGAAGGUUUAUUAAAAGUCUUAAGGCAAAUGUUUUAAUUCUAUUUAGAUACUCCUGCUCAAAGUGACCCAACUACAUUCGAUUACGUAAAAAUGAGUAUGAUACUGUUAGAUAUUCUUGAUUUAUCAUAAUAAUACUUCUAAAAAUCAAUAGAACUUAUUGAAUCAGAGGAAAGAAUAUAAAAGUUUAUUUUAAUAAUAUUAGGAAAUAUCUUUAUUAUUAUAUUUUAAAUGGUUCUAGCUGCUUUUUUAGUUAGAAAAAUGGAAAGAAACAUCAAAAUAAUUAAAUAUUCAAUUAUUUUCAUUCCUAAUAAAAAGCUUAUUGAAGAUAAUUCUACACUCUAACUAAUUAAAGCUAUUAGCUGA